CGUUUUACCUUAGGGUUACAUGAUUUGUCGCUCACUGCAGCUCCUUUUCCUCUUGUUGUUCUUCUUCACAAACUCUCGUUGCUUCAUCACUCUAAUUUACUCCCUCGCUCCUUCUAUCCAUCUAUUGCUGUUUUUACCGGGGACGGCGACUAGGCCGGUUGUUUUUUCAUCAACGAUAACACCUUUUCCAACAGCGUUCGUCGAUUAAUCUCGUUUAUACUCGUGAGAUGGGGGUUAAGGAGAAGAAAGCGUUAAAGAAGAACUUGAAGAAGGUUUCUUCAUCUCAAUUAUCUAAUGAAAAAGAUUCUGCUGAUUUCUUGCCCUUAGAGGGUGGACCUAAACCCAAGCUACCUGAACAAAAGGAGCAGAAAAAUACUGCUACUGUGUUAUAUAUUGGUCGGAUACCACAUGGUUUCUAUGAGAAAGAAAUGGAAGCUUACUUUUCCCAGUUUGGUACAAUUAAGAGAUUGAGAAUUGCAAGGAAUAAGAAGACUGGAAAAUCAAAGCAUUAUGGAUUCAUCGAAUUUGCAGAUCCUGAGGUGGCAGAGGUUGUUGCUGAGUGUAUGCAUAAUUAUCUAUUGUUUGAGCAUCUUUUGCAAGUCCAUCUUAUCCCUUCGGAGCAUGUUCAUCCAAAAUUGUGGAAAGGUUUUAAUUAUCAAUACAAGCCAUUUGACCGGGUUCAAAUUGAGCGAAAACGGCAGAACAAGGAUAGAACACUUGAAGAGCAUAAAAAGCUGGUAGAAAAGAUUAUGAAGCGAGGUCAGAAGCGACAAAAGAUGAUAGAGGCUGCUGGUCUUGAUUACGAGUGCCCAGAAAUUGUGGCUGGCGUCCUGCCUGCUCCAAAAAGGAUCAAGUUUGAUGAAGAUUAGGUCUUUGUGGAAAUUUCUACGAAAAUUUUGUGGAAAUUUUGCUUAUGGGGUGCAAUUACCUUUCCUCCUUUCAUGUGGAUGAAAAAAUCGAGUUGCUUACUCUUCACUUUUCUGCUAGGUUUAUCAGCAAGUAAACAAAUAGGGAAUUUAAAUCAUGGACAUGGCCAACAGGAAUUUUCUGGGAAAUUUAUUUUUUAGUUAUGCUAUAAUUAGUACUUGCGUUUCA